AUGGUGUUCUGUGCUUACUGCGGGCAGAAUUUCAAGAGAAAGGAGCAUCUCGAGAGACAUCUCCCAAGUCAUACUAAUGUGAAGCCCUACAAAUGCGACUCAUGCCAAUUAUCCUUUGCCAGAAGGGACCUCCUUCAGAAGCAUCACUCGACUUAUCAUGAAGUCCGAGAUUCGAUGCAGGGCCCAGGUGGUGAACCACCUAUCAGCUCCAGGACGCCGAUAGCCUGUAGCAACUGUGCAACGGCAAAAGCAGGGUGCGAUAAGAAGGUGCCAUGCUCAAGGUGUGCCGACAAGAACCUGCCAUGUGCUCCUCGCUUUGCCCGACGAACUUCCAAAGGGAUAAUCUCGCGGGCAUCCACAGCCAACGGAAGUCCGACUGCUAAAUACCAAAAUGCGACCAAGACGAGAGGAAGCAGUGUUACGGAAUUGGUUCUGGAAAACCAACUGCAAGGCGACGGCGCUCUGCAGGAAAACCAGACCCAUCCAGAUGUUCCCAUGUGGGUCAAUCCCCUAAAGGACUCGGUAGAGAAUCCUGGACAAGGCUUCCAGUACUCUCCGCAAUCUCUCGAGAUGCUGAAAUCCCACGGAGGAAUUGUCAAAGUUGAUGACUUUCUGAAUGCCAAUGGGGACUUUGACCCUCAGAGUGUCGGCUUGGAUAUUAAUUUGUGGAACAAUGGUUCCUUGGAUGUUGAUAUGUGUGGAAGUGAUGGGAUCGGUUUCUCUAAUCAAUCGUCAAUGCUUUACUUUCCUUCAAACCUGGGGUUGGCGGAUAAUCUAUCAGAUGCUGUCGGCAUUACCCUACCAUCCCCGUCCGGGUCGACCUCCCUGUCCCAUAGCCGCACCAACAGCAGUAGCAAUCUAUGGCAAGGACGAAUCGAGCCCCGGCUUCAAGAGCCAUCGCCUCUUUUCUCGGGGCCAGAUAUUAAUACUGGCCCCAUCGAAGAGCUGGAUCUUGUAGUGGCUGCAGAAGAAGGAUGGCCCUUUAUCAAGUGCAAUCCCAGGCUUUUCUCCGGAUCUUGUCCAAGGACGGCAAUUGUCCACUUGCAAAAGCUCCAACAAAGCUCGAGACUCGAGGAGAGCUGGAAUUCCCUGAACCAUCUGAUGUUACCAAAUGAGCUCAACAGUGAUGACAAUUCCCUCACCAUCGUUCCUCUCCUAUCAACGACGCGAGACAAGAUCAUCGCCUUCGCCCAGAGCUUUCUUCUCAAGGCACUGAGGACCCACAAUAGCGGGCAGAGCAACUUCGGCUACAUGAAUUCCGGAAGUGUUGGUACCUUCUUCACACUUCCUCCGUCCAACGUCCUGGAAAAUCUCCUGCGUAGCGCAGUCCGCAACUUGGCCCCAUAUUAUAGCCUUUGCCAUGGCGCUACCUUGGAUCCAAAUGAGCUGAUGCUGGACAACGAUACCUCUACCUUGCUUUUCCUGCUCAUGAUGGCUCAGGGAGCAAGUUCUAUCCCAAUGCUUGAGGGCCGGUUCCUCGCUGCGGGUUUGACGGAAACAUGCCGAAUAUCUAUCUUCGACAUAAUCGAGAAGAACGUUGAACUGUCGGCGGAUCCACUUGUGCUCAAGUCAGCUUUACUCUUGACUCUCCUGUGUGCUUGGGGUGGUGAUGCAUGGCAUAUAAAAAUGGCCAUGGGGGCUCAAAGGGGGAUGUAUCUUGCAAUGCUCAAACAUAGCGGGAUGCUGGAGCCUCAAGAAUCCAUGGUUUCACCAUUCGAUGAGACAGCCGAUAUGGAACUGAGAUGGAGAGAAUGGUUGCGGCGAGAACACACUUAUAGGCUGGUUUACAAUUGGGUCAUGCUCGAUGAAGAACUCAGCCUGUUCCAUGACACUGCCCCCAUACUGUCGAUCACUGAGCUUCAGGCGCCACUCCCGAGUGCCGAACGUUUAUGGCGUGCAGAAAACCCAGUUGAAUGGCUCAACGUCCAACAGGAACUGUACACGGACCCUAACAGUCCGGAUUAUCACUCGUCAAAUCAUCUAGAUGCCGGCGUGUCGCUAAGCCACCUGUUUCAAGAUAUGCUCCGAGACGAGCUAGAGAUGAAAAGCCGGCGCCUUUCGCCGUUUAGGUUAAAACUACUUCUCCAUCCUCUCCAGUCACUGGUCUGCCAUCUAGGUCAGCUUCUCAGCUGCUUCUACGGCAUGCAUGACAGUCACCACAGCUCCAGACCUCUUACCACAGCAUCGACUCUAUUACGUCUUGAAGAAGUCCAGUCCUCGUUGCAGAAAUGGUAUGAGCUCUGCAUGCUUCACACAAAAGGAACUCCGGAUUGUCCUAUUACCAAAGGUAGUCUGGUACUGUACCAUCUUAUUAGCUUGAAUACCGUGACCUACUUCCCCGAGAUCGAGCGCUUGUCUCGAAGAGACGGCUUUGACGGCUCAUCAUGGGAGUCCUCUCUGCGCUCCAAACGCUUUAUCUACCAACCAGAGAAAGCCAUCUUCCACUGCGGACAAGUUCUUCGCAACAUCAGUGCCAUGCCACAAACUGGAAGGCCUCCUUGGUGGCCGGCGGCAGCCUACCGUGCCACAAUGAUCCUUUGGGCAGAUAGUAUCUCCCGCGUCUAUUCCAACGGAGGGAGCCGUGAAACUGGACCGGUCUUUAUGAUCAACUCAGUAGCGCCGGAGGACCCUGCCAUUAAAUCGUACACUUGCAACUUCUACGGAACUCCUGCCCUUAUGAAGAGGGACGGUAGCUUCACAAAGCUUGGCAACCCGGACGAUAUCUUGACUCAUUGCCUAGCUCUCCUGGAUGAAGGAACUCCGACGAGAUUCUCAGACGGGAUUAGAAGAAAGAUCCAGACGCUCUCGCGGAACUGGAAAACCACAUGA